AUGUCGGACUCUACUCCCGAAGUACCCGAGGCUACUACUCCUUCCGAUGCCUCUCUGGCGCAAAUGACCCCUCUCUCUGUCAGCGAACAAGCGCGCAUCCGCCGUGAAUUACGAAAGGCGAAGGUGGGGCAAGGCGCCGAUAGAUUACGAAAGAUCACACAAACGCAGCGCUCUGCCGCUGGUUUUCAGGAGGAUUAUAAGGGUGAUGAUGUCGAGAUCUCUCCCUCUCCUGCACCUAGAGCUACCGUCGAAAACAUAUCCGAUCAGGAACUCGAUGUCUCCGAACACUUUUACCAACCUAAUAACCGUCCCCGCGAUGUACCGAAUAGAAUACUACCGCCUACACCACCUUCACAAUCUGAAUUCUCACUGGAUGAGGAGCAGCUAGCACAGAUGAUGCAGGCUGGUGGUCUUUUUGGAGCUCCUCCUCCUCAACCUGGAGCUUCACCGUUCGGAGCUGGACCUCCGCAGGGUAUGGAAAGCGAUCCGUUGUUACAAAUGAUGCAGCAAAUGUUGGGAGGUGCCGGUGGAAUGCCUGGUAUGCCGCCUCCCGGUACUGGUCCUGGUGCCGGUGGCGCAGGCGCAGGUGGACUCCCACCGGAUUUACUGAGUGCUAUGCUCGGAGGAGCUGCUGGGCCGGAACAACCAGCGCCUCAGGAGUCGCCGUAUACGAAGUGGUGGGCGUUUCUGCAUAUACUAUGUUCCGUUUUGUUGGGGGUUUAUGCUGUUCUGAGUUUACCACAAAGGUAUACAGGGACGAAGGAGGAAAGAAUUCAGCAUGAGGGGGCUCAAAAAAUUGUGAGUGACUUUAUGUCCUUGAAACAUAGUUUCUCGAGUGGUGGGAUAGGCUUGCUAACUUGGUACAUAGCCGUUAUUUUGGUACUUUGCUACUAUGGAGUUGCUUCUACAGUCCACUCGUUAUCUACUAGUAGAGAGAGGAGGCCCACCCCCCGGGAUCAUUCUAACAACCAUCUCUCGAUUUCUCCCUCGCCCACUAGGAACCGCUUUGAUCACUUUUUCGCACUACAUCAAGUUGUUUUCAACAAUAUGGCAGGAUGCACUGAUAGUGGUAUUCACUAUUGGGUUUUCUGCAUGGGUUAA